UAUGACGGUAAGAACAGGCUCAAGAAACAGUAAACCCCAAGCAAGCCUGACAAGAGUACCCCUCGUCUUCCCCUUCCCGCUUCUCUCCCACCUCGCACGGUGCGGCACCUUGAAGCUUAUGCACUGCUAAUGCUGGCUCGCGGAGCCCCCGCCUGCUGCAAAGAGGGACUAAGGAGCCGGGGUGAGGGAAAAGCUGGAGGAAUCCUCUUCCAUGCAAUCCCACCACGUCAUUUUGUUGGGAGGCAAACACGUGGUGCAGGGAGACCUUAUAAAUCUCCCUCUCCCUGCAGGAUCGUGAUGUUAUCUGCUGGCAAAGUUUCCCUCUUCGCAAGGAAAGCAACGGGGCUCAGCGAGGGAGGGAGGCAGGCAGGAGGAGAGAGAGAGAGAGGGACAGACACUAACGGGACUGCAGAUAAAGUACAGCAGAAGCUGCGCGUUUCGGGCCAGGGGAAGCCCUGCAGAUCGGGCCUUGCGUGGCAAGCACUGAAAUCAAGCAAGAGGGGAGAGGUGCCCCCGAGGGAGAAAGCGGCAAAGCACCUUUUCAACGCCCGGGCUCGCGACCCACAGGAGGCUGCAGCAGCAGGAGCAACAGCGCCGGCUUGUUGACUGUGGCUUGGGUUGGCUUUUUUUGGAGGAAGAGGAGGGCGCCGGGGAAGCUGCACCGCAAGAGAGGGGGGCUGCUCGGUGCAUGCAGCCCGGGGUGCCGGCGGCAGGAUCAGCACCGGAGCGAAGAGCAGAGCAGAGCUCACCCAGCCCCGGGGAGUCCCGGGCUCUCCCCUGGCGCACACACGCGCACGUGGGCGUCCUCUCGCCGGCGGGGCGGCUCGCUCUGCUCGCAGUUGCAGCUCCGCAGCUCGGGGCCAGCAGCUCAGCGCGCGCCGCCAGCCCGCCCCUGACAUCGCCCCUCUCCCGUCCCGUCCGGUCCCGUGCGUGGCGCUGGAGGAGCCCAGAGCAGAAGCCCGGAGCUGAGCGCCCGGCUGCCACCCGCUCGCCCUCCGGCUUCAGGCGCGCUGCUCACUGGCCAGCCCGGCCACACCGGCUCGCUAGGGAAACUCCUCUGGUGCCCGGCGCCGCGGUGGGGGCUGGUUGAAAUACCUCUGAGUUUGUUCCGUUUGGAGGCUGAUGCAGAGGUAGCGACCCGCUUUCUUUGCAACUCGCCUGUGUAACCCGGGGGCGUUUUUCAUUUGCACCCCCGUUGCCUUUUCCUGGCAACCCGGUUGCAUUUCCAGCCGCAGCUGCUUCCCCUCCUUUGCACCCCCCAUCCCCUUCUUUUUCAAGUCACUUUUUUUGGGACGUUGGGUUUAAACCCGAAAAUGCACUGCUAUCUUCUGAGCGUGGUGCUCACCCUGGAUCUGGCCACCGUGGCGCUCAGCUUGUCUACCUGCAGCACCCUAGACAUGGAUCAGUUUAUGCGCAAGAGGAUCGAGGCGAUCCGAGGACAGAUCCUGAGCAAGCUGAAGCUCACCAGCCCUCCCGAAGAGUACCCCGAGCCCGAGGAGGUACCCCCGGAGGUCAUCUCCAUCUACAACAGCACCAGGGACCUGCUGCAGGAGAAAGCCAACCACAGAGCCGCCACUUGCGAAAGGGAGAGGAGCGAUGAGGAGUAUUAUGCCAAAGAGGUUUACAAAAUAGACAUGCUGCCUUUUUACCCCGAAAAUGCCAUCCCACCAAACUAUUACAGCCUUUACUACAGAAUCGUAAGAUUUGACGUCUCAGCGAUGGAGAAAAAUGCUUCCAACUUGGUGAAGGCAGAGUUUAGAGUUUUUCGUUUGCAGAAUUCAAAGGCACGGGUAUCUGAACAACGAAUAGAACUGUAUCAGGUUGUUAAAUCCAAAGAACUACCUUCGCCAGGACAGCGCUACAUUGAUAGCAAGGUAGUUAAAACACGAGCUGAAGGGGAAUGGCUGUCUUUUGAUGUCACUGAAGCUGUACGCGAAUGGCUCCAUCAUAAAGAGAGGAACUUUGGAUUUAAGAUAAGUUUACACUGUCCAUGCUGCACCUUCGUGCCUUCAAAUAAUUAUAUCAUCCCAAAUAAAAGUGAAGAGCUAGAAGCAAGAUUUGCAGGUAUUGAUGACUCCUACAUAUAUUCCAGUGGUGAUGGGAAAACUUUCAGGUCCAGUAGGAAAAAAUACAGUGGGAAGACCCCACAUCUCCUGCUAAUGUUAUUACCCUCCUACAGACUUGAGUCGCAACAGCCCAGUCGGCGGAAGAAGCGUGCUUUAGAUGCUGCCUAUUGUUUCAGAAAUGUGCAGGAUAAUUGCUGCCUGCGUCAACUUUAUAUUGACUUCAAGAGGGAUCUUGGUUGGAAAUGGAUUCAUGAACCUAAAGGGUAUAAUGCUAAUUUUUGUGCAGGAGCCUGCCCAUAUUUAUGGAGCUCAGAUACUCAGCACAGCAGAGUACUUAGUUUGUAUAACACCAUAAAUCCAGAAGCGUCUGCCUCUCCAUGCUGCGUGUCCCAGGAUUUAGAACCCCUCACCAUCCUGUACUAUAUUGGCAAAACGCCCAAAAUUGAACAACUUUCCAACAUGGUCGUAAAAUCUUGCAAAUGCAGCUAAAAGAAGUCCCUGAAACAGCAAUAAACAAAUACGUAAAAAUAACCAAGGAAGAAAGAAAAAGAGAUUAAGAAAGAAAAAAAACCUAAGUUCAUCAGUGUUAAAAAAAUUAAAAAAUUAAAAAUUAAAAAAAAAAACCUAAAAAGAAGAAGAAAAGCGGUACUAGUCCGAACUGUUUGAAAGUUUGUUUGUUUUGUUUUUUUAAAACUGGCAUCUGAAACAAAACAUUGAAGGCCUUUAUCCUACAUUUCACCUACUCAGUUAGACAAGAAGCAAACAAAAACCAAAAACAACAACAACAACAACAACAAAAACAAAAAGAACCACACCUUUUAAAAAAUAAACACUGGAAGAAUGUGUUAGUGUUACUAUGUGAAAGGAAAAAAACAGGAAAAUCCCAUUAAGUGGAGUUGCUGUAUCUGUCCCAUGCCUUACUUGAUCUCUCUGUAUUGUUAUGCGAUAGACAUCCUACUCAUUCUUUUUAGUUUUAGUGUUAACAGUGCAUUAUUUAUUUGUAUGUAGAAACUAUCACAUGAACAUUUCUUCGCCAUUGGAAAAAAAGAAACAAAUGUGGACAAAGUGGAGACCAAAUAAACUAACAGAAAUAUGUUUAAUGCUUAGGGGAACUCAAGCGCAAAAGAUCCUGAAAAUAAUAGUUAGUUUAGUUCAAUUAAAACAGAAGUCAGUUAUUACAUUAUUGAAAAAAUCUGCCUUAAAAAUGCCUUAUUUUAUAUGCCAGCGACCUAGGGAGGCUUCUUGUAAGGUCUCAAACCCUUGUUUUAAAUACUGAAAAACUUACUAAUAAAGGACGCUCUGUUUCAGUCUCAAAGACAAGUCUAUAAGAUUUUUUUUUUACUGUAAAUGAUUAAAAUGUCAGUUUAGUAAACCAGUGAAAUAUUUAACAUGUACUGGUCUAAUCUUCAGACCUUAAUAUGUUGCUGUAUAGCUAUGCUAUGGGAUGUUUUGUUCUUUUGGUAUAUGUAACCAUACCUAUAGUAUUACAAUAGGUGGGUAGUAAAAGCCAGCUUAAUUGGAAACAUAUCUGUAGAUCUCUGUUGUAAACUAUUAAAAAAAUUAAGUACUUUAUGUGUAAUGUGUAAAUUUUCACCAUAUUUUUGUAUUCUGUAAUACUGUCAACUCUCAUGAGUUUGAAUUUGAAUUUGGGGCUCUUUUUGAUCACUCAGUCAUGUGUUUCCCUCUAGCUGGCCAGUAUGAGUAGAGUCCCUAUAUUUUGACUUGCACUACAAAUACAUGUUUUAUAAUAAUUUGCUAUACCUGUGCUUUGUAUAUUGUUCAUCAUUAUGACAUAAGCUACCUGACUCCAUUUGUUUUUUGUUUUACAAAAAGAAUGGAUUAAAAUAUUCUCCUCUUCCCUUCUCCCACAUCGUAGUUCAUCCACAUUUGUAGCAGUGAAUCGUAAUGCGACUCUGAGUUUUAAAUCCAGUUUUGUUUUAUUUUCUCGGCUAAAGACAGUUAAGCAGAUGGAUAAAGGAGCAAGAUUUUCAAGAAAGGAUUUCGCAGCCUAAGUGAUACGAGGCUAGGGCCCAGCCCUACAAACCCUUACACAAGUGAAAUUCUCUACUGUGCAGAGGGCCAGGACUGAAGCCCUAAUAACAAGGCUUGAGUGGGACUUAAUCAGUUCAGAGGCCUUAUGCUGGCCUUUGGCACAGCAGUGACUUUUCACCUGCAGUUAGUCUAUGGGAGUGAUCCUUCUCCCACAGAGGUCAGCAGAAGUUUUGCCAUUGACUUCUAUGGCAUCAGAUGAGGCCUAGUGAGCGUUGGCAUGUGGAAGGAUAUGGAGGAUCGGGCUCUGUGUCUUCAUUUAAUCUUUUCUUUCUUUUCAGAUAACACCUUUUUUUUCCCCUCUUUCUGAAAAAAAGGAACGUAAGUCUCCUAGGAAACUCUUUUGGGCCCUAACAAUCUUCAGCGUAUUCCAGAGGGAGUAAAAAAAGAUCUACAUCGUACACGCUGUUUAAAAAUAAAUGAAUAGCAACAGAUCCCUAAGCUAGACAAAGAUGUGUAAAAACCAUGACAAGGAACAGUUCAAUUGAUUUCACAUUAUAAGUUGUUCUGAAUGGCAAAGCUUGAAGCCUGUGCAAGGAAAUAUGACAAUUGGAUGUAAAGGGAACAUUCCCUCAAAUACAAUACAGGAACAGGACCUAGGGUGAGAUCCUGGCUCCAUUUAAGUUGAUGGGAAUUUUGCCACUGACUGAAAUGGGGUCAGAAUUUCAAGCUUUAAAGCAAAACAUUAGGGGCCUGAUCCUCCAGUGUGUUCACUUGAAUUUAGGAUAGUGUAACUCCCUUGACUUUAGCGGAGCAGCACUGCUGUAAAACUGAAGUAACAUAGUGGAGAAUCAGGCUCAAGGUCUGGAUUCUACCUCUUUGAUUUGCAUAGACAGUUCCCAUUAAAUGAGCCUGUGCUCAUUGCUGAGAUCGAAAUGUAGCCCUGCGAAUAAUCUGACCCUGCCCAUUGUCUCAGUGCAAAGGAGGUAUAUGAGGGUUUGUAUGUGUGUGUGGUUCUUCUAGUAGUAUUUAUUAUUUAGCAAAUUGAAAUUAACAAAUGAAGGGUCCAAUCCUACAAACACUUGCAGGAGCCAUGUUUACUAUCCUGAAGAGACCCAUGGAAAUAAACGAAACUCAUUGAGGUAGAAAGCACUGGGACUGCUGGCCUUUGCAGCAUUUAGCCCUAAUCUGUUUUAUUAGCUUCAAUAUCAGAAUUCUGUGGCUCGAGAGGAAGAGACAAGGGCUGGGCAAUUAAAAAAAAGCCAAACUUGCCAUUAUCAAUUUAAAUGCGCCAAAAACCUGGUAUUGAAGCUUGAUGAUUUGAAAUAGCGGGAUCUGAGAUGCCAUUAAUGUACAACAACUUACCGUGUGCUGGACACAGCCAAAAGUUUGGGCCUGGGAGGUGGGUAUGUUUUAAAAAAUCUGUGUAUAAUGCCUUGUAAUUACGUUAGGUCACUUUCCCCAAAUUGGAUGAAGUUUUGUUUUGUAUUUUUUACUCAGAAAUGCACUGAUAGUAUUUGAAACGUUCUAUUUUACAGCUCCUAAAUCUUUCCUUUUUUGGUUUAUUUUUAGACAUAUAUUUCCCAUUAGUGAAUAAGGACAUUGGGCCUGAUCCUACAAAGUGCAGACAGAGCUCCUUUGGGGUGAAACUGUAGAGAAGGCCAGCGCGAGGAAGGCCCUGGUGCCAUUUAAGUUCAGCGCAAAGCCUCAGAAUGAGGUGUAAGUGGAAAUAAAGAGGCACAGAGGGGCAUACUAUGGCACCCCUCUAUCAGGUGCUGAUUUCCUUAGUUUGCAAUGAAGACGGUGGGAAUUAAGGAUACUUAGCAUUGAGCAGGAGAUACUCAGUACCUCACAGGAUCAGACUCGAAGGGGUGGGGCUGAGGGACAAAUCUUAGCACUCAGCUGGUUGGGUUAGGACAGCAUUUUUUGUGUGUUUAGCAGCAAUACAGUUGUACAGACGGCAUGGUUUUAAAAAAAAGGAACAUAAAAACAGCUGUGUUGUAUUUUGAUGACUGAUUACCUUGUAUUUUAACACAGUGUAUGUCUGUUUUUGUGGUGCU